AUGCUUAAACCUGCUCAUGGUGCAGUGGCGCUGGCCUACUGCUUGACUUAUUUCCAGUGGCAGCUUUCCCAGUUAUCCCUUCUGGCUCAGCCGGGCACGAAGGCUUUCCGGCUAUCUGUCAUCCAGUCGACUACUCGUCCUCUUGGUAUCUGGUUGCGUAAGAACGGUUGGAUGGACAUGGUUCAGCUCGAGGAAUGUACUGAUUGGCGCCUCGGACUAAGCUUGUCUCUCUGCUUAGUCCACCGUGGUGAUUUGAUGCAAGGAUACAUCGGCGUCUUGUGUGCCCCCCAUCCUCCACCCCUUUCUUCGCUUAACCCGUCCAGCGAAGAAAACCUUGGCUCUCCCACAUUACAGAGUAUUCAGUAA